GACUCCCUAGUGUCUCGGCUUUAUCCAGCAGUGGACUUGACCUCUCUCUUUCUGGAGUCUUGCCCACGCGGUCUCAUCUCAUCUCUCUCUCGGUCGCGCCGAUGUCAUCUCCUGUCCUCCUCUCUUGAUCUCGCCGGUUCUGGUCUCGCCUUUGCUGCUCGGCCAACGAUCAGCCCACUAUUAGCCAGAGAAGACAAACAAAGAGAGAUAGAGAGAACGAAAAUGGCGGAAGCUGUCAUCGCCAGCAUUGCUGGAGAAAUCAUUGCUGAUCUCCUUCCUCAAGCACUAAAAGAGGUUGGAAAGUUAUGGGGUGUCGAGCAUGAACUUGAGAUGCUCAAGGACACUGUCUCCACGCUUCGGGCUGUACUGGACCAUGCAGAAGAGCAAUACUACCAAAGUCUCCAAAUUCGAGUUUGGGUUGAGAAACUGAAAGACGCUUUUUAUGACGUGCAAGACGUGCUUGAAGAACUUAGUAUAGAAGUUAUGCAACGAGAAUUAAGGGGCCAUGAUAAAAUGAUCAACGAGAUAAGGACAUUUUUCUCAGGUUUAAAUCAGCUUGCUUUUAAAUGGAGGAUGUGCUCCAAAGUAAGAGCAGUGAGGGAGAGAAUAGAAACCAUUAAAGCUGAUAAGGGAUUCCACUUGGAUGAGCGCCUUGUGGAUCUGCAAAGAGAGAGAGAGCGGAGGAAGAGAGCGGAGACACAUUCGUUUAUCCGUCAGGGAGAUAUUGCAGGGAGAGAUUAUGAUAAGAAGGUGGUCAUGGAAUUUUUACUAGAUACAGACAUGAAAGAGCAUGUUUCCAUCCUUCCAAUAGUUGGUAUUGGCGGGCUUGGAAAAACGGCUCUUGCUCAAUUUGUAUUUAAUGAUGAGAUAAUUUAUAAACAUUUUGACUUGAAAAUGUGGGUUUGUGUCUCUGAUGACUUUGACCUAAAAAAAAUAGUGAAAAACAUCAUAGCUUGUGCAAAAGGGGUAGAACCAACUGAGGUUGCAAUGGAACGUUUGCAGAGUGAACUAAGGGCAGAAAUUGAUGGAAAGAGAUAUCUCUUAGUUUUAGAUGAUUUGUGGGGUGUAGAACAAGAAACAUGGCUUAGCUUGAAAAUUUUAUUGGCAGGAGGUGCUAGAGGAAGCAAGAUCCUUAUAACUACACGCCUUGCUUUUGUUGCAGAGAUCACCAGCACUACUCUGCCUCAUCUUCUUGAGGGUUUAUCUGAAAGUGCGUCUCUUCAUUUACUAAUGCAAAUGGCUUGUCCCAAAGAAGAGGAGAUACAAGAGCCAGACAAGCUAUCUAUUGCCAAAGAGAUAGUUAGAAAGUGCUCUGGGGUUCCGUUGGUUGUUCGAACCGUUGGGAGUAUGCUAUUCUUCAAGAAAAGUAAACAUGAAUGGUCACAAUUUAAAGAUAAUGAGCUCCCAGAUGUGUCUCAAAAGGAAGGUCGGAUAAUAUCUGUUCUUAGGCUAAGUUAUGACCAUCUUCCUUCACAUUUGAAACAAUGUUUCGCAUUUUGUUCAUUGUUUCCUAAAGAUUAUGAGAUAAAGAAGCAGACUUUGAUCAAUCUUUGGGUGGCAGAAGGAUUUAUCCAACCAUCAAAUAAAAGACAGCAUUUAGAAGAUAUUGCUCAAGGAUAUUUCAUGGAUCAACUUUGGAGAAACUUCUUCCAAAAUUUUCAAAAAGAUCAAUUCACGAAUGAGGAGACUUGCAAGAUGCAUGAUUUAAUGCAUGAUCUAGCUUGCAUAGUUGCAGGGACUGAAUGUCGAGCGGCAUGGGAUGGCACAAAAUCUAUACUUGAAAGAACUCGUCAUAUAUCAUAUGAUUUAACUUCCAAGUUGAUGGCUAGACUUCCAAUCUCACACUUGAAAGCAAGUUCACUGAGAACAUUUCUUUCUACGCCCUGCCGAUUGGAACAAAGAGAACCAAUAAGUGAAGUAGAUCUUCGCCAACUCAUUCAAAGUUUCAAGAGAUUGCGUAUCUUGGAUCUACAUGCUACAAUUGUCAAGAAGGUACCAAGGUCCAUUUGUCAGUUGAAACAUCUCACAUAUCUUGAUCUUUCUUACAAUAAUGCACUUAAAAGGCUUCCCAACUCCAUUACGAGAUUGCAGAAUUUGCAGACACUUAAUCUUUAUGGUUGUUCAGCCCUUGAAGAAUUGCCAAGGGAUAUAAGGAAGUUAAUUAGCCUUCGAAAUCUAGACAUAGAUUAUUGUAAUAGUCUUAGUUAUUUGCCACAUGGCCUUGAACAAUUGAGUUGUUUGUAUAGGCUAACACGCUUCAUUUUGCCCAAAGAUAAAGCUCUUUCUAAGAAUUAUUGUAGACUUAGGGAGCUAAAUGGGCUUAAUAACAUCCAUGGAAGCCUUAGCAUUGAAAAUUUGGGACAAGUGACAAAUGCAGUAGCAGAAUCCAAUGCUGCGAACUUAAUUGGGAAGCAUUCUCUACAAUCUUUGGCACUUAAAUGGGGCAAUUUUGAUAUUGAUGAUGUAGUAAUUGGGGAUAGAGAUGAAGCUCUAUUAAAUGGAUUGAGGCUUCACUCAAAUCUGAAGGGGUUGAUGAUCAAUGGAUAUAGUGGUGAGAGCUUUCCAAGGUGGAUGAUGGAUAGCCUUGUGUUUUCCUUGCCAAAUUUAGUUGAGGUACACUUGCAUCAAUGUGGGAGAUGUAAACAUCUUCCCCCACUAGGCCAACUACCUCGCCUCAAGACUUUAGAGAUUUGGGAGGUACCUGAAUUGGAAUACAUCCAGUUGGACCAUUCAUCCACUUUAGCAACAUCAUUUCCUAGUCUAUUGAAAUUACGGAUCUCUGGGUGUGAAAACUUGAAAGCCAUGCCACUAACUCCGCAUCUUGAGGACUUAAUUUUGACUAAGACGAACCCAGCAUUGAUAAAUCAGAUAUUUGGCCUUAAUAAGUUGAAGAGUUUGGUUAUCUCGAAGAUGGAGUUUCUAGAAUAUUUGCCGGAGGAGUGUUUGAAAAGUCUCACUUCACUUGAAAUUCUUAGCAUCAGUGAAUGUCCUCGAUUAACUUCCCUCUCACUUGGUAUGCGACAUCUAUCGAACCUUGCGGAUCUCUCUUUUUGGGAUUGUGAGGAGCUUGAUUUAUCCAAAGACGAAAGUGGCAACGUCUUGGAUUUCCAAGGACUUAAUAGUCUUCGAUUUGUGGAAAUCUUUCACCUUCCCAAACUAGCAUCUCUCCCACAAUGGCUUCUACAAGUAAGCAAUCUUGAGCGCUUGGGAAUUAUCUAUUGCUUCAAUUUGAAGGCUUUACCAGAGCAAAUUGAGGCCCUUCAAUCGCUUCAACGGCUUGUAAUCACUCGAUGCCGCUCUUUGAAAUCAUUACCUGAAGGAAUGCGAAGGUUGGCAUCGCUUAAUCACCUAAGAAUUGCAGAUUGCCCAAAUUUGGAAGAGAGGUGCAAAAAAGACAUAGGUGAUGAUUGGCGCAAGAUUGCUCAUAUCCCACACAUAACUCACAAGUAUAGAUAUUACGAUGACGUUGGUUCCCAAAAUUUACAUGAAUAAUUUCUGACUUGUCUGUUGAUACUUGAUUCGA